GUGGCUUCGGUGACAUGUUCAUCUGAAAUGAGAGAAAGUACACGAUGACAUGUCAGCGGCCCUUCGAGCUGCUCACUGUGUAUCUCAGGUCUUUGUCUGUGAUGCAGCUCCCGCGCAGCUCGUGGAGGCCCUUCAACAUGUCCCGCUCCUUGUAGCCGAUGGGCCUCUUGACCCCCACCACCAGCAGAACCAGGUCUUUCACGUAGCGCUUGUUCAGGGCUGUGGUGUCCAUCUUGUCUUUCAAACACUGCUUGACGCUCCCCUGACGACACAAAGACGAACUCUCUCUCUCUCUCUCUGUGUGUGUGUGGGGGUGGGUGGGUGUGUCUGUGCAGUCAGCGCACGAAGACGUCGUUGGGGAUGUCCCAUAUGGCCACGUCAUAGUCUGUCGAGCCGACAACACUCAGGAACACUAUCAAGAUCAUUCAUGUCUCGUGCCCAUCCCUCGUACCGUCGAAAUCGAUGUCGUCCAGCAGCUGCACCAGCCGGGGCUGCAUGGCCGGCAGGCCUCCCUCCUUCCUUUGCGGCGGCUCGUAGUCCUCGGUGUCGUCUGGGUCCGUGCGGGGGCGGCGCUCACGGCGGGGAUGGCGACGGCUGCCGGGCUCGUACUCGUCGUCCUUGUCGGCCAAUAUGGCCGCGGCAGCCCGCGCUGAGCCGCUCCUCACGGGGGGGCGAUCUGAUGCAUGAUGGACACAGACGGACAGACAGACAGACAGACAGAGUGAUAGUCGACUGUCUCACUUGUCUGUGUGCCCCAGCGUCGCGAGGGCCGAUGGUCGUCGUGGCGCGGGCUGCAAUCAAUUGACACAGUCACGCGAGAUCUCUGUAUGAGCGGCAUGAUACUGUACGUACUGCUCACCUCUCAGCCCCUUCAAGCUGACCCUUGUACCCAGCCACGCGCAGGCGCGGGCUGUCCAGCUUUUGUCUCUCUUGCGUGCUGCUCGUGUGAGAGGAAUUGUAGUUGGCUCGUCGCAGGCAAGUGAGCUGAGGGAGUUGGGGAUGAGGCCGUCGACGUUAGAUCACGCUGGUACUUGCUGCUCGCCAGUUGAUGGCGCCUCAGGCGCAGCAGCAUCUUGCCAUGGAUCAGACAAAGACUCCGACAGCAGCUCCGACACGAUGCCUUCGUCAUUAUCGUCCUUUACGUCGGCAGUCUUCUGCGGCCGCUUCUUCUCCUUGCCCGCGUUCUUUCUUCUUCUUCUUGCCCGCGUGCAGCCGCCAGCCCAGCUGCUUGCCCAUCAGCAUGAUGGUGGCAGACGACGACAACAUCUUCUCGAGAUGCUAUCGCGUGUGUCUCGUGUCGUUUUGUGUGUCUCGUGUUGUGUCGAGGAGCCGGCAACAAAAGUCCCAAGUCCUUGUCAAAAGCCUCUCGAUCUCGUCCCAAAAAAACAAGCCGUGUAACCCAGAACCGACCUGGUAAAGCUGGGCUUUAGCAAUGGUACACCAAUCGGGGUACCCACUAUCUCUCGCGCUCUCUACAGAGGCAGCAGCUCAGAGUCUCUCCAUUCUCUCCAGCCUGCUUUGUACAUGUGCCCUGCCUCCCCCCACGAACCGCCGCACAAUCAGCUACAAGACCAGAUCCACAACAAGCUGGCUCAGUGCAGCAGCGCCAACGCCCAGAAACGGUGUUCCAAGUGAACGUCCUCCCAGUCUGCUUUUCGGGCGCUGCAGCUGUUGGCGGCGAACAGUGCGAGGAAAGCACCGGCAAAAAUCCAGUUGUCAUCCGUGUCCGUCCGCGUGGAAGCUGCGAGGAUGCAGACAUUAAU